UAGAAUUGUUGAAAGUCGAUCGGGAAGGAGUGCCGAGUGUCACCAGUGUUCGAUGUUAGUACUUAGGACUUAGGGUACUCACUGACCCCAGCGACCUUAUUUAAUACGUAUUUCUAGUUGCUAAUACAAUUUUAAAAAUCUCUAAACAACCUAAACCAAGAACCUACCUACCAAUUAACAGUAACACAUUGACGUGUCUCUUUAUCGGAAAACAAAUUACGAUUUAUUGUGAAUCGACGUUGGUGUUAUUAUAAAAUAUUUGUUUACUAAUAUUAUACGGGUUACCAUGGCGACCCAUAAUAAUAUGAACAACGAUGAUCUGCGAAGACUAUUAGGUAAGCAUAUUGGAUAAGACACGGCAAAACUAAAUAUAUAUAUACUGUCGUUCAACAAUGUCGACGUUUUGUGCUGAUGGUCUUAUUCCAGCGAGAUUUUUAUGUCUCGUUGCUCACUUUAUAAUGCUCGUCAUGGCUUUAAACCAUAGGGAGCAAAAUGUAAAAGCCUGUCUACCAUACGAUUAUGACAACGACCUUUACAUGGAACAAGACAAAAGGUUGAUGAUUGGUUACACACUUUCAAUUGGGUUCAUUGGUAUCGAAAUGUUUGGAUUUAUGAGUGGUAUAACAAUGUUUUCUCCUACCAACGGUUUUAUAUCUAUGAUUUGCCAUGGAGUGGCUACUAUGAUGAUGUUUUAUUUCCUUCAAGAUUUGUGGAGUUGUGAGAUGUUUUGGUCCGUGUUUUUUUUAUGCAGCAUAUUGCCGUGUUCGAUCGAACUAAUUAUGAUAUGCUAUUCCUUUAUAAUGAAAAAAUAAUGAUGUUCUUAUGAAAAAUUAAUUUAAGUUAUUGAUAUAUAUACCCAUCUAAUAU